CAUAUGAUGAUGUGCUCUUCAGCCUAUCUACAAGUAACACUCAACAACAAAUCCGCCAGCAGGGUGUUUGGAGAUCAGAUACUCUCACGAGCUGAGCUCAACUCUUCCCCAGCGCAUACGAACCCAUCUGAGAGCUCUACGCGUUCAUUUUUGCUGUAAAGGCUGGUUUGGAGUCUAUCCGGAAACUUAUCGCCAUCUCUCUUCCGAUAAUAUGCUUAUCGCGGAUCGUUCUGGCACGGAGAUUUAUCGUAGGAAACGUCUGGGAUUUGGAGAUGUGCUGGGUUUUUAAGAAGAUCCUUUCGACGGACGUUUAACUUCACCUCGAUCUGAAUGUUUUACGUCUGAUUUCGUGCCGUCAAGUUACUCCCAUAAACUUUAUAACGGACUUAAUUGUUUCGUUCGUACACGUAAGUUAUAAACGUCAGCCAUGAUCGGGAUUGAGGUACGAGCCUCGGUUUUUCGGUAGCUUUGCUUGUAAUAACUGUAGGAAGUAAGCCACAGAAAUGUAGUUGAUCGCGUGUUAUUAGCUGAGAACUGAACUAAGCUGUUGAAUUAAUCAAGAUUUAGUUGAAUUGGCUGAGACGUUUAUAUAAGUCAUAUAGCUAUAUUUAUAUAACAAUGUAUUUAUUUUUUAAAUACAAUUAAAACCGUAUUUGACCAGGUUUUUAACCUGUAAAUUAAUAUAGAUAUAUUAGAAGUUAGCCUACCCAAAAGCCCAGGAAGUAGAAAGUACAUAGGGCGUGAUUGAUUGGGUUAGACUGUAAAUAACAACCAUUUAAAAAAAAAAAGAAUAUAAUAUAGUCAUCUGCAGGAUUUCUACGAUGCGGGACGCGCCUGCGAAUUUUAGUCUUCUACACAGGACUUGCUCUUUAGUGGUGUUGCUAUGUUUGCUUCACAUCUCUGUUACUGUCAUAUAUUAUAUGAGAAAUUCAGAUUCAAGGCAAACCUUCGUACAAAAUCAGCAAACCCCUCAGAUCCACAGGAAACUGACCGAACAGAGAGUCGCUACAGAUGAGUGAAAACCUUUAUUGAAAUUUGUGACUAAUCUCAGAGAGACGGGGAUUUUGCUGGAGGCAUGCCCUGACAAUCCACCUCGAUUGGUGGGUCCCCUUCGGGUUGAGUUUUCUGACCCGGUCACCUUAGACCUGGUGAGGUCAGAGAACCAAGCGUUGCAGCCCGGUGGACGGUUUAAACCCACAGAAUGCAUCGCCCAGCAGAAGGUGGCAGUCAUCAUCCCCUUCAGGCACCGUGAUGAGCACCUGAAGUACUGGCUGUAUUAUCUACACCCCAUCCUACAGCGGCAGCAACUCGACUAUGGCAUCUAUGUCAUUAACCAGGACGGCGAGGAUACGUUCAACCGUGCCAAACUCCUCAACAUUGGUUACGCGGAGGCUCUGAAGGAGUAUGACUACGAUUGUUUUGUCUUCAGUGACGUGGACCUCAUUCCAAUGGAUGACCGCAACUUCUACAAGUGCUAUAGUCAGCCCAGGCAUUUGUCUGUGUCUAUGGACAAGUUUGGAUUCAGGUUGCCAUACACACAGUACUUUGGAGGCGUGUCAUCCCUGAGCAAGGAACAAUAUCUGAAGAUCAACGGCUUUCCAAACAACUACUGGGGCUGGGGAGGAGAAGAUGAUGACAUAUUUAACAGGGUUACCUCCAAAGGGAUGUCUAUAUCAAGGCCUGAUGGGGUCAUCGGAAAAUGUAGGAUGAUCCGCCACGACCGAGACAAGCAAAACGACCCCAAUCCACAGAGGUUUGACCGGAUAGCUCACACAAGGGAAACAAUGGCAAGCGAUGGGAUCAAUUCAUUAACAUACAAUGUUGUUAAAAUUGAGAAAGACCAGCUAUUCACCAAAAUCACAGUGGAUGUUGGCAAACCAUGAUUCCUGCAUAGAGACCAACAUAAAACUGAGUGAUACUGCAGCGCUGGCUGUCGAAAAACCAAAUGUGCCUUGAUAUAUCAAGUCAAAUGGAUCAUUUUUAAAGUGGAUUCUAUAUUUUUUCAAAAAGACUUGAAAGUACUUAGAAAUGUUUUGCCAUCUUUGCACAUGUGAUGGUGAACACAGGGGUCUGGACUCCUUUUGCCCAGUGAAUCAGAACUGUUCGGCUGCUAAAGGAGACACACAGGGGUUUCAGGUUGUCCUCGAGGCGACGGGCCAACGUUGUUCUGUCUCAGACACUUCUGCUGAGGAAAAAGACUAUAUUUUGAGCCAUUUGAUGGAAGCAGCAUAUUGAAAGUGAUCUGAUUUGCUGUUGAAAAUGUCCUUGUGGUGGGACAAAUGUAUGCGAGUUGCUGUGUAUGGGAUUAUUUGGUUUGUGUGUUUGAAAGUGAAUAUUUAAAGGAUUGAUUUUGGUAAUCAGCAAGCUAAGCAAUGCAAAAAAUCGGGGAUUUACAAAUCAAGGGCUGUGGAUACUCUAUAAUCAUAUACCAGCAAACUGGCAUUUUUGGGCUGUCACAUGUUUGUUUACUUUUAUUUUGUAUUGCAUCUCAUUAGCGUGUUGCUGUAGCAGGUUAUUUGUACUUUCAGAGCCUUAUAUCUCUCUUUGUUAGGGGUGAGAUGUCUGAAUGUAUUGGCCUGCAUGGUUGUGCUUUAUGCAUAUCGGACCAUUAUUAUGUUUGCUGGAACACCAAAGUAGCAGUCUUGCAUCUUGAAAGACAUGAAUUUCCUCCCUUCUGUUUGGUGCAUUAUCUUUGCUGUAUUAGUUUUUUUUUUUUUUUUAUCUUAUUAUUUUUUUUUUUUUUGCAAAUAUAUCCAGUCAAAUGCAGCAUUAUCAGGUCAAGCUUUUGGAUUUGCUCGGUCCUUUAUUGCAUAGAGCAUUUCUCAGAUCUAUGCUGGUUAUUAAGGGCACAAGAAUAUUCAAGCUCUCUACUGUAAUGAAAACAUGAAGCCAUUGAGAACUUUGCUGAAUUGACCUAUUGAUACUUGUUUUUUUUUUUCUUUCUCUCAUAUGUGCUGGUCUCCUCUUAGAAUAUUUUGAACAAAGAAAACCAAAAAUGCCUUUCGACUCUGUCAGGGGACGAAAUGCAGACGAAGCAAAUGAAUGUAUGUCAGCUGUUUUGCUCAAGUGCUUUUCAAGAUGGCGACUAACAGCCCAUACACAAUGUACAGAAUGUUUUUCCUCUGCGCCGAGCAACCCAAAAGACCCAUAGAUUUUCUUUCCAGCUUAAAAACUCUCCAAUGCCUUAUAAAAAGUCCUUUGCACCAGGAAAGAAAACUACCUCUCUUUACGGCACAGUACUCGCAAGCAGAAGGGAUAAGCUGCUAAUGCUGUCUCUCAAACCAAAUGCUUUGGCAAAUAAUCUUAGCCUUUCUUCCUCUUAGGUCAGUUAAAGCGAGGUUUAAAUCUGUUUAGACAAUGGUCUUUGUUUGAGAGCCAGCACAUAGUUAAAUUUAUUUUCAAGUUUUCAUUUUCUUUGUUUGAUUUCUCAAACAACUUAUUUGUUUCCUAUGUUUGAUGUUCAUCUUACUUAAGUGUAAUGCAGUGAACAAUGAACACAGUUUUGAAAUGAUGGAAAUGAAAUAAUUAAAUUGUGUUUGAUUCAA